AUGGCUUCGCCCAAGCUCAUCGCUCUGUUCUUCGCCUUCGCCAUGGCGGCGGCGGCGCUGCAACCCUCGGAAGCGGGGAGGCUCCAAGUCCAGCAAGCAUUCAAGCCCGUGGCCGCAGGCCAAGAAGCAGCAGAAAAGGUGGCCGACCAAGCAGCCCAUCGACGACACCUCCGGCGGACCCGGGCAUCCCCGCUUGUAACGAUACUGGAUGUAUAUUAUAGGAUCACGGAGAAACACAAGUAG